ACUGGUUAAAUGAAAACCACAGAACAUCAAAACAUUAAAAACGUCACAAACAUCUGACAAUUAAAAACAACUCAUUGUUAAAAAUAGUGUUUAAUACACAAUUAAAUCUACUGUAAAACUUGUUGUUUCUUGUUUAAGUCAGUUUGUUUAAAAUAUGUCGUUUUCACCAGUUCCUCCCGAGAUAAAACCUGUCGCUCAUCUUAUGAAGCUGGCCGCAGAGCAUGAUACCAGAAAUGUUGUGGUAGCUUACUGGGCGCGAAUGGCCGCAUGUCGACUGGCGCUUAAAAUGGUCCCAGGACCCAAAUCUCCACAAUUCUCCGCUUUUUUGGGCGAAAUCCUCGAUUGGUUGGAGCAAACGAAGCAGCAAAAUCGCGAUAAUGAUGGAAUUACAAGCGAAACCGCUGCACAGGCCAUCAUCGAAGAAUACGCAUUGAAUGUGUUUAAUCACGCUGAGCAACAGGAUGCAGCCGAAAUUUUUAAUAAAAAUACAGUAAAAUCUUUCUACACUGCUAGUAUGCUGUUUGAUGUUUUGGAGCAGUUCGGCUUCUCUGAAGGGAACCACGAGAAACAGAAAUAUGGCAAAUGGAAAGCUGCGUACAUUCAUAAUUGCCUGAAAAAUGGCGAGAAACCUCAACCAGGUCCUCCCAACUCUGGCGCUGAAGAGAACCAAAUGGUCCAUAUUAGUGAAUUGCCCGAAGAAGAACAGCAAAGGCUUUUAGAAGAGAAACGUAGACUGCAGGAAGAGCUGGAUAGGAAAAAGCGUCAAGAAGACGAAGAACGAGAGCAGCUGAAUCGGUUAAAUAGUUUUGGCAAUAUCACUUUAGGCGAUAACGAUCCAGCAAACCCAAGCAAUGUUACCGGAUAUCCGCCGCUCCCGAACCAAAACAACUCGAAUGCUGGAUUUACAUUCCCAAAACUUUCACCAGAAAGCCCAAACAUUCCACAACAACCCGGUUCGGUCACACCAGUUGCGCCAACAACUCCCCAAGUUCCUGUCCAGCCCACCACAUACAAUUUGCCCACCACUACGAAUUAUGGCACUCCAGGCGGUAGCCAGGUGUCUCUAACUGCUGAUCAGAUUCAGAAAGCCCAAAAGUACAGCAAAUAUGCCACCAGUGCCUUGAACUACGACGAUGUGAAAACGGCAGUAGAAAAUUUACAGAAAGCUUUGAAUUUGUUGCAGUUUGGAAAGGAAUAACCGGUAUGAAUAUUUAUUUCCAAUUGAUGCUCCCUAAAUGGAUUUAGUGUUAUUUUGGCAAUGAGUACAAAUUUAUAGGCAUUUUCCUGCUACUUGCAGUCGGAUGCAGUGACAAAAAUUGUUUCACUGUUUAGUUUUUCAAUUAUUCACAGCGAUUUUGUUGUCGAAAAUCGGCUGAUCCGUAUGAAAAUAUGCACUUUUAUUGUUAAAUAUAUUAUUAAAUAUAUACUUACCUUAGCUUACCCCAAAGUUGCUGUUAAAAGUCAAUUACUGUGAGAUUAAUUGGCUGACAUUUAUUAAAAAGGCUUAUGUCCGAAA